AUGCAACAGAAUACACCAGAUGGACCAUCACCAGCUCCGAUGACUGCUACAAGCAAGGAAAAGGGGGAAGCAGUAGUAGAUGAACAUUGGCCAGAGCUGUCAAAACAAAGAGGAACUGGAUCUGGAAAACCACAGAUCUUACUGGGAAGCAAUGGAACAGUAACACAGGUGGAGAUAUUGCCUGAGGAUGUAGCUCAAGAUGAUGAGAAAUGGGCUCCAUCACUAGUAGUAUAUGUGGUGGGAACAGCUCCAUCUAUUGGAGCCAUGGAGAGGUUUAUAAUGGGACAAGGAAACUUCUCCACAAAACCUAUAAUAUUAUAUCAUAUAGAUGGCUACUUUGUUGUGAGAUUUGCAAAUGAGGAAGACAGGGAUAUGGUGUUGUGCUCAGGGCCUCACCAUUUACUGAGAAGGCCUGUCAUAAUGAAACCAUGGGUUCCGGAGUUCAAUUUCAAGGAGGAGAUUCUUACUACUAUUCCACUAUGGGUCAAGCUACCAAAUCUGCCUCUUAAUUGUUGGAAUUCAGUUGUCUUGAGUAAAAUAGGUAGUAGUGUGGGAAAGCCUUUAUAUGCCGAUGAAUGUACAACUCAAACUAGUAGAAUCUCUUUUGCUAGAAUUUUAGUGGAAGUAGAUGUAACUAGACCCCUGGCAAAGGUGAUUAAAAUACAGGAUCCAAAAGGAAAAAUAGUGGAGUAG